AGCACUCUUUACUCCCAACCACCAUCAUCAUGAGGUGCAUUUCCAGAGCUAUUAUUGAGCAUAUCCUCUCUCUUCUUGAUUCUGGCAUUUCUGGGACCAAAAUUGCUUCUACUGUUGAUGUCAGUGCAUCCACUGUCUCUAGACUCUGCAGCCUACUUCACCCUGACCUUUUCAAGUCCACUGGUGGCUGCCCCCAGAAGCUUUCAUCCUCUAAUAUUCAUUAUGCCCAAUGCCUCAUCACUUCUGGGUGUGUUGACACAGCUGUUCAGGUUGCCCAGUACCUCCAAAAGGUCAUAGCUCAGCCUGUCUCUGCUCAGACAAUAUGUAGGCAUGUGAAAAGGGCAGAUAGGCUGGACUUCACUUUGGAGCAUAGGGACUGGACUGAAGAUGACUGGAAGAGGGUUAUUUGGUCAGAUGAGACUAAGAUCACUUGCCUGGGUGCAGAUGGGAGAAAGUGGGUAUGGAAAAAGAAGGGAGAGGGACUUAAAAACAGAUUGGAGGUGGUAGCAUCAUGGUGUGGGGGGUGCAUGCUGUGGGAGGGAGUGGAAUUCAUGACCAAGAUUAGAAGCACUAUGGAUGAUCAGCCUCUAUACACAGAUUCUGGAGGAUGAACUUCAAAAAACCCUGACAUACUAUACCAAAACUUCAGGUGAUAUCAUCUUUCAGCAGGAUAAUGACUCCAAGCACACCUCAAAAAAGGCCAAGAUGUGGUUGAAUGAUCAUGGUUUCAACAUUCUAUCAUGGCCAGCACAAUCUUCAGAUCUCAAACCCAUUGAGCAUCUUUGGAAUCACUUGAAGAGGAAGCUUGGAGGCUAUAAACAUUCACCCAAGGGCAUAUUGGAUUUGUGGGAGAGGGUGCAGGAGGAAUGGGAGGCUAUACCAAAGGAGGUUUGUCAGGACCUAAUUAGAAGCAUGCCUAGGAGGAUGGAGGCAGUGAUUGCAGUCAAAGGAGGGCCCACUAAAUAUAGAAUGUCUUGUUUUUAGACUUUAGAAUGAUGCGCAACAAAACCCUUUCAAUAAGUAGUGCCUCUUGCAAUUCAAC